AUGGCGGCGCAGGUUUCCGAAGAGAGCAAUGAUCGCACCUCGGCUUCGGCGGAUGGAGAAGAGAAAUGGACGCACGGGACCCGAAUCGACGAGGAGCUGAAGCGGGUCGCGGAGAACAUGGCGUGGAAGGUGGGUGCGGGAGCAAGGGUGGCCAUGCCGACGAUCAUGCGAGCACCUCACUGGUUUCGGAAGCACGAAGAGUUCGGCUACGAGUUCAGGUACGAUCCCGUGUGCAUGCGCCUGGGGCUCUACAACAGGGGCGCAUUGAUUGCGCCCACCGCAGCCGAGACUUGCCGAAUGGAGGCCGCCAUCGCCUUCGUGAACAAACUGAACGCGCGCAGAGUCGAGCUCAGACUGAGGCCGAUCAGCUGGCACGAGAUGUGCGCUAUAGUCGUCCCGAGUCCUGCCCGAGUGCGCUCGCUGUGGAGUGACGCCCCGUCCGACAUGACGGACGACGACGUGCGCCACUUGCUGGCGAUCGACGCCGUGUACUUGCUCUGCUUUUUCCAGUAUUUGGGGGGCAAGUUCCCGCAGGUCCAGGCCCUGGAUCCGUACGAGGCUGCUAUCUGGAUGCUGCAAGGUAUCACGCACGACUUUCUGCUGAUGGAGAACCAGAUUCCUCUCGUGCUGAUACAGAACGCGCUCGCUCUGGCCCUGGAGGGCGAGCACAGAGAGCAUGCGGAGCUCGAUCGGGUCAUAAACCGCAGCUCUGACGACGAUUCAUCGUCAGUGGACUUCGAUGUCGAUGAGAGGGUGGAUCUCGUAUGUGCAGAAGAUUUGCAUGAGCUUCUGUCAUCAGUACAAGAAGAUGUUCUGCAGGAUGCUGGGCUGACUGGGUUCAGUGACAACUUCGUACCGAGAUCUCAGAUCGAGAGGUCUGACCACUUGUUGGAUUUUGUGUACAGAGUAGUGGCCACAAAAUCUAGAACACCAGACGUGGAUGGUGAUGACAAUCCUCGGCCUGGUAGUAAUAGCACCCGCUCGGUCGGUGCAUUGAUCAGGUGCGGAGAAAAGUCUACGUACUUCUUUCAGAAGCCGAUAAUUUACCUGCGCCACCUGCAAUGCGUUUUACCGACGCGCUUAGUUGCUGCUUUCGAAAUGAGGCUCCAGUCGUUGCUAAACCGUGAGUGGCAGCCGCUGAUGGAGUUUUUGCUUGUCCUAAAGCAGCUGGUGGACACGAUGGAAGACGUUGUGAUUUUGUGUGGCAACACAGACGACUAUGUGAUCUUCAACACGCUGGGCGAUGCUGGCAUUGUGGCGAAAAUGAUCAAUGAUCUUUGCCGAGGCUGCAGAAGAAACGAAGACUCUCCUAGAUUCGUUGAGUUCUGCAAGGAAGUGCAGCAGUGUUAUACACGGAGGAGGAAGCGAUGGUUGUGGCAGUUUGUGGAGACAUAUUUGAACAAGCCCUGGAAAAUAGCUUCACUUCUCGGCGCCAUAUUGCUGCUCGUGCUAACAGCCCUCCAGACUAUAUAUUCCAUGCUCUCCUUCUACGGCAUUCAGACGCUGUCGGACUGA